UGAUUGGGCCUUUCGAACUGUGCGGGCGGACGCACCGAAUGAAUCAGGGAGUGCUGAUGCUGAGAAGGGGUUUGCUGCGGUUGGCGCCGCCGUCACAGCGUGCCGGGGGAUGAAUGGGGGAGCCUGAGUCUGGGGGACCAUUGCCGAGCCCUUGUGAAAGGAAUACUUCACACUGCACGCAACAGAAACGUCACUGGCGGUUUUGCAGUGCGUGUAUCGAUACGGUAUCGGUAGAGGUCUUUAUCUUCAGAUGGCUUCAGAGACAGGAAAGUUUCUGCAUCACCAUGCAGCACCCAGUUCAGGUGUGGUUUGGAGAUGAUCCCCCUUUAAGUCCACGAAGUCCAUUGACACCAAGGCAUGGUCCAGGAUUAGCAGAUGUUUUGCUCUACGACCAGUGGAUAUCUGUCCGACAUGAGGCAACUCUGAUUCCUAUGCAGGAGGAUCUAUCAAUCUGGCUCUCUGGCUUAUUGGGGAUAGAACUUGCAGCAGAACAGUUGUUGGAAGAGCUUGAUAAUGGUGUAUUGCUGUGCAUGUUGAUUGAAGUCAUUCAAAACUCGGUUAAAAGAUGUUGUAACCCAAAUGAUUUAAGGGAUUUCCCUCUGAGAAAAGUCCCUUGUAAGAAAGAUGCGCCUUCAGGGUCCUUCUUUGCUAGAGAUAACACAGCCAAUUUUCUGAAUUGGUGCAGGUGCAUUGGAGUGGAUGAGACUUACCUCUUUGAAUCUGAAGGCUUAGUCCUACACAAGGAUCCAAGACAGGUUUACCUAUGUCUCCUGGAAAUUGGUCGCAUAGUAUCGAGGUAUGGAGUUGAACCGCCUGUAUUAGUAAAACUGGAGAAGGAAAUUGAAUUGGAAGAGACUUUGUUAAUGUCCUCUAAUGUUGUUACUCCUGCCAUCGCCCCCAAAUCAUGUUGUCAACAUGGAGCAUUGCAUGAAGCGGUUAAGCACAUUGCUGAAGAUCCUCCUUGCAGUUGCUCUCAUAGGUUUUCAAUAGAGUACUUAUCUGAAGGUCGCUAUAGAUUGGGAGACAAAAUACUUUUCAUCCGAAUGUUGCAUGGCAAGCAUGUGAUGGUACGUGUUGGUGGAGGCUGGGAUACUCUUCAAGGUUUUCUCCUCAAGUACGACCCUUGCCGAGUAUUGCAGUUUGCAACAUUAGAACAAAAAAUCUUGGCAUUUCAAAAAGGUACAUCCAAUGAGACUGUUCCUGAUCCAUCUGCUAAAGCGCCACAGCCUCCCCUCAUGAACCCCAUAUCGGCUAUUGAUACAUAUCAGAAACAAAAUUCAAAGCCCUCAACUCCUAUUUCGGCUCCAAAGACCUCUCGUGUAGCUAAUAGGAAGCAGGCAAUGGCUACGUUUUCCCCGUCAGCUGCACUCUCUUCCUCAAAGACAAGAAUGCCUACAUCUGCUUCGACAACCAAAUCAGUGUUGGGCCAUCCCAAGUCAAAAGACUUUUCAGCAAAUAAUAUUCAGCCAUCUUCCAAAUCUUCAACAGCUACUUCAAAAAAAUCAGCAUUUCCUGCUCAUAAAUCAGCAUCUGUUUCACAGCACGCACCAUCUGUAAACAAAGGUUCUUCAUCUGCUUUACCAAGAACUGCAAUAACUUCUUCAGAAUCACUUCAGAAACGUAUUUUGUCACCUGUCAAAGUUGCACAUUCCCAGAAUUCUCCAGUAAUGGCACACCCUGCCUUUUCUUGUUCAACAAAUAAGCUUUUUCAGCUACCUGGGUCAUCUAAAAGGGUGGCCUUGGAAAAAGAAUAUGGUUCUCUCAGAGCUGGGUCAAAUUUCAUAGCUAAAUCUAAGCCACCUCUUUCAAAAAAUUUAGCAAAAUCUACAAGGCCAGCUAGCCGAAACCUGAAUGUUCCUAAAUCAACUUGCUCUCAACAAUCUUGUGCAAAAGCUGCUCCCAAAACUACCCCUCAGACAUUAACAACACAGUUUUGCCCACCCACAGGCAGACCAGAAACUAGCCAGGUCAAACACUCCAAAACUGCUAGUAGCUCCAAACAGAUAGGUUCUACUUCCUCUCUUACAGCAGGUAAAUCAUCACAAUUGACAUCUGUAAUAGGACCAAGAGGUAAAAAUGCAUCUUCAUCUGUUAAUAAUCAGUCUUCUGCCAAGAACAUACAGGUCCAAAGUUGCAAGGCAAACACUCAGGUAGGGACCAGUGCAUCAAAACAGACUGACCGCACUCCACUGUCCGUUGUGCGUCUUCCCCAAAGUUCAACUGUAGUUGAAACCAGAAAAAAGACGAUGCAGGCCACCACAAAAAGUCAAUUGUUGGUCAAAGCCUCCCAGAAGAAUGAUAAAAGCAUUGUUCCAGCUACUAAGAAUCCUCCUUUAAAAGUAAAGGCUGCGACUGAUACUACUAAGGGAACACCUGGUGGGUUGAAGCAUCCCACACUGAAGACAAAACAAGAUGAUAAUUAUUUUGUUAUGACUGGAAAUAAGAAACUCAGGAAGUAAAAUAACCAGAAAUAUUAACUGGAGACUGUUACCUGCUUUCCCUGUAGCUGCUUCAUUUAAGAGAACACUAAAUAACAAUAUGUAACUGUAAUGAAAAGUGUCUUUUUAAAAAAAUGAUGCCAUUUGAUAAGCUCUGCUAGUCAACCCUUCUGAAGGGAACCAAGAAAAUUAUCCAAACUAUUAUGCCAUUGUCAUAGUAUAUCAAAUCCACACCUUACAUUAUCAUGCAUUACAUACAUAUUAGAUAUGUUUUGCACAUUCUUAUCUAUUGUGAUAAAGUCCUCGCAAGAUGUUGUUGCUUCCUCAGUUUUCCAUGGAAGAUAUUUCUAAAUGAGUCCCAUAGGGUACCAGCUGGUAUUUGCUGUGUUGGGGGAAACUUGAAAAUAGUGUGGUUUUGUUUUAGUAGGUACCAGCUGUUUGCUCCCUGGUGGUAUCAUUUUACCAGAAAUAUUCACCAUCUCCUGAUGACUUUAGUAAUUCAAAGUGGGUAUCUGGCCUUACUAUUGUUCUAUCUAAAUAUUGUUUUAAAUAAGAUAUGCAGCUCCCCCUCCCCCCAUUAUUAUUGACCAACUAGAAAUAAUCCAAGCUGGAUGAGUAACGUAUAUGGGGGUGGAAUAGGAAAUUGAAAAUUGCCAUUUAGGGUGCCUCGAAACAGAGAUGUUUAAUUGGCCUCCGCUUUUUUCUCUUUAAUGUGUAAGGUUUAUUAAGCUUUCAGUGCCACCAGAACACCAAGAUCACUUUGCAAAUCUUGGCCUUAAACAGCGCCACUUUAACUUUAGUGCCUUAGUAUUUGAUGUGUGCUCUCAGUUGUAUCACAGGAAAUUAUAAAUAUUUCAGUCCAGAUGUGUGUUCUGGUUUAUUAAUAUGGGCUAUGUUCAUCCAUGCUGAUAUCAGCUGGGCUUAAGUGAAUGAAACUCUGAGCAUAAAUGCACAGGAAUGAUUAAUUCUCAUUGGUGCUGGGUAAGCCUCCUUCAUUUCAGCCUUUUUGAAGUGAGUGGAGGUUAUGCAGCCACAGUAAUAUAAAAUAAACUAACCAACCCUUCGUAAGAGGAGAAUAUGCUGGAGAAGUCUCAAUAUGCUUGUCUCUGCAGAGUAAAGAGAACCACCUCCAAAUAAUAUGAUAUUUUUCAAGCACAACUGAAAUGCCUUCCAAAUACGCUGCCUGUGUGCAUUUUAUAUUUAUAUAUUGCAUUACUUCAAUGCUAGCUUUAAUGCAUUCUUGGUUACAUUAAUAUUUGCUCCCAGCACAACCUCUUGUAUGUACCUAACUUUUGGGGAGAAAGUAGCCAAGUCCAAGUUGUUUUGCAUAAGCUGUAAGUUCUGAAGCAAGAUGAAGAUGCUGUACUAAGUGCAUAAACUACUGCUUGUAUAUACUUGUUAAAGCAUAUUGUUUUUAGGCAAUAUCCUUUUAAAAACUUCUUUUGCUGUAACUCCUCCAUAAUAAACUUAUGUAGGAGCCAAGAAAAACACUGCCGAGUGUUAAAACUAUGGAAUUGCACUCUCUUUUGCAAAGUGUCCGCAUGUUUGUGUGCCUAAUAUCGGAUUGUCACUCAAUGCUGAACAUGUAUUGCAAGCAAAAGUGAAAUUUGUCCUCACUGAAAUUCUGUCAUCAAAAAUCAGAUUGGUGAGCUGGAGCUGAAAUGUUCACGUUGAAGAUGAUACAACCAUACAAUCUGAACUUACUCUAGUAGGUUAACUAGUUACGGUUAACUUACAACUGACUGUAUGAGUUAGAAGAAAGAUUGAGUUGUACAUUUUUAAUAUGCAUUUAAAUGUGUAUCACAGUGAAAGCAAUGUAGUGUGAAUAGAUUGCAUCCACAGUCAGGUGUACAUUCCAGUUCAUAGCAAUUUAUGCCUACAGUUACUGAUUAGCAGACGAUACUUGCACAGAAGCCUGCCUAUAUGCACAAAUCCCCUUAGGUUGACUGCUUUUAUAAGGCAUAGAUUUAGUUUAUAUAUGAGGCAAUGGUUGGGAUACAAAAUAACUGUUGUGCCUGAAAGUGUGGUGUACUUAUUUUAAAACUGUGCUGAAGAGGUUCCUAAUCUCAAGUUGUAACCUAAGCAUUUAUUCCUGAACUUGUUUGUUUCAUUAUUUAUUGAUUUUUUUCAAAAACCCUAGUGUUCAGCAUGUGAGAAGUAAAAAUUGUAUGGUAACACAAUGGAAUAUUAUUAGUUUGGAGUGUUUUGAGGCUUGAGAGUGCUUAGUCUACUGAAUUAUGUAUUUUGGCCUCUGUUUCUGAACUGAAGUAUACACAUGGACUCAGAAUUUUAACUGUGGGGAAAACCCUAUUUGUUGCUAUAAAGGUUUGAGCACCCUGUAAUACAAAAUGGGAUUGAAUACAAUAUGCUUUGCAGUUUGUUACAGUUACACAAGCAGCAUUUGACAGCUAUGGCCAUGAUCUACUGAAACAAUCUUGUGUAUACAAGUGGGGCCUAUUGAUUCUGGGGAGUGGUGUGGGGUUUGUGGUUAUGUGUGCUUAUGCCGCUAUGUCCAUAAGUGAAAAUUGGCUACAAAACCUAUGUGGGCUUGAAUGCAUACUGUAAAUUUCUACAUUCACUUCAGCUGAGGAAGUAGCUUUUUACAUGUUGUUUCUUCAUCACGUUUUCUCCUACGCUGCCUCCAAGGAGCUCAGGGUGGCUACAUGGUUCUCCCCCACUCCCAACAAGUCCCAGAGGCAUAUAUAUCUGAGGGCACAUGAUACACUUUUACACAAAGUAAAAAUAAUAAAUUAGGUAUAACUAAAGCAUAAACUAGGGUAUAACUGCAGACCCAGGGGCACCCAGUGAACUGGGUUCAAGAGUGGGAAAUUUGAACCUAGGUCUCUCUGGUCCAGCACUCCAACCACUGUACAACACUGUCUCAGUGUUGAUGCACAUGCAUUCUUUUUGUGAACCUUACAUGGGUAAUUGCUGCUGCUGCAAAAAAAAUGGAGACCUUCAUUUGAACAAUAGCACCCAUGUGUGCAUCUCAAGAAAUUGCUGGAUUUAGGCAGCAAUAUUUCAUUUACAUGGUUAUACAAAACAGACUUCUGUGGAUGAUACAGUUAAUGACUUUAAGAUUGAAUAAAUAUUAAUCACGGAAACUUGCUAAAGGUACAUUCAGACCUGGUUGUGACUGGUGAACCUCAAAGUGAGGGGGGUGCUUAAUGGUCUGCCUUCAGCUCUUCUCCAGGAUGCUCCCACCUGCUACACCCAAGAUGAAUUAUUGCAAAUUAUUUCAAGAUCACUUGAGUGAUAGUCUUUGGGCACCUCCAGGGGGGAGCAAUAAAAAGCUCUGGAACAGCACUUUUCCAUAUGAAAUUUUACUCUUACCACACACACCAGCAGGCUUCUGUAGUCUUCUUAGGCCAAGGCUGCACAACUUUGUGGCCCUCCUGAAGAAGUUGGGCUACCACUCCCAGCAUCCCCAAUUAUGGGAGAUGUAACAUAAAAACAGGAAUGAUGGGAGUUCUAGUCAAAAAACAUCUGGAGGCCAAAGUUGUAUAGCCCUGUCAGGCAGUUCUUCCAUAUUGACAGAGUGGAUUCCUACUGGGUCAGACUAUGGAAGCCUACUAGGUACACAUAUAGACAGAGAGAGCCUGUGUGUGUGUGUGUGUGUGAGUGUGAGUGUGAGAGAGAGAGACACAACCUGCAUUUGAAAAAGCUCUGUUCUGGUGCUUUUUAUUGCAGUCUAGAAGUGACCAUUGGUCUUGCAUCCUCUUCCUAAACAAAUGAAAGUACAUUGAAAUCAUCAUUUCGUUUAAUAUGUUUAGGGCUGGCUUGGUAGGCUAUGAUCCCAAGCCUAUUUUGACUUUUCUGUUAAAGUAAAUGGACCUAGUUUGCAAGUAUACGAUCAUAUUAAUACUAUACUAACUGUUUAUACUAAUAUUAAUACUAUACUAACAUUGAUAUGUAUACUAACAAAUUAAUGCCACAUCUAUAUAAGAUGACAAAACCAACCUCUACUAUUCAUCUGUAUCUUCUUCCUUCUGUACACAUGUGCCAGCUAAGUCAAGCAAUAAACUUCCAUUAUAUCACA